CAUUUCGACUUUGUCGAAGCAAUGGAUAGACAUUGGCUAAUUUUCGUGUUUUUCUUGGCUAGUUUUGCUUUACAACUAAUAGACAGUGCACCAAAAAGAAAAGAUGUUUUGUCAGCAGAUAUAGAACCUAAGAGAGAAAUAAAGAAGCUUGAAUUAAUUAAUAAAGAUAAAAUUAAUGAAGGAAUAAUUAAAAACAAUCAAACUGUUAAGUCAAGGAAACUUUUCGAGCGGAAGAAAAAGCAUAGGUCUAAAAGAGCAUUAAGUUGCUCAAAAGCCGAUGUUCUAUUCAUUCUCGAUUCAAGCGGUAGUAUCGGAAAAGAAAAUUUUACAAUAGUUUUAAACUUUGUAAAUUCUAUUGUAAAUAACUUUGUCAUUGGACCUAACAAUGUUCAAGUUGCACUAAUUAAUUAUGGAAACAGAGCAAAAACAGAAUUUCAAUUAAAUUCUAUAAGUAAUAAAGCAGAUCUCCAAACUGCUAUUUCUGGUAUCAAUUGGAAAGACCAGAAUACGAAUACAUCUGGAGCUUUGUGGACCGCUUAUGAUUACGUUUACAAUGUCAAUAACGGAGAUAGGUUGGAUGCUACAAAUAUUGUUAUGGUGAUAUCUGACGGAGAUAGUACGAAAGAUACACAUUUACUAAGUCAUCACUCAGCUGGUUUACAAAGUGUUGCAGAAGUAUACGCUAUUGGUGUUACUCAAGAAAUUGGCGAUACUGAGCUUCAAACAAUUGCUUCAACGGAUAACGCUAAUCCAGAAAAAUAUGUGAAGAAAGUUUCACUCUUUGAACAACUAGCUACUAUGUUAAAUGUUAUGGAUGGAUCCUACUGCAACAAAUUGAGUACAUGUUCAGGAGUGUGUUUAAACGGUGGUAGUUGUGCAAUAUCUGGAUCUAAUUACAUAUGCACAUGCCCAACCAAUAGAUUUGGGAGAAGAUGCCAAUCAAAUUCCCCUAGUAAUGCAUGUGGAGGAACUAUUUGUGCUAAUGGUGGAAUAUGCUCUACUGUAGGAAGUAAUGAUUUCCAAUGCAUUUGUCCAACUGGUUAUACAGGUAUUUUAUGCGAGAUAACUGUCGCCAAUAACCCAUGCAGUAGUAAUCCCUGCGUAAAUGGAGUAUGUGUGUCACAAUACAGUAAUACACGAUAUCAAUGUUACUGUCGGUCUGGUUCUGCCGGAACAAAUUGCAAUAUAGGACUUAAUCCUUGUUCUAGCUCUCCUUGUCUUAAUAACGGAGCCUGUUCAGUUGUGAACAAUGCCUUUGUAUGCUCUUGUGUUAACGGAUAUAGUGGUACAACUUGCAAUGUUUCACCCUCAAAUGCUUGUUCAAGUUCACCAUGUUUAAAUAAUGGCAUCUGUUCCCUCACCUCCGGCGGGUAUGCUUGUGCCUGUCAAACAGGCUUCACAGGAACGCGAUGUGAAGGUCAAACUACAACGACCUGUAAUCCGAGUCCUUGUUUAAAUGGCGGAGUCUGUCAAUUGAUUGAUUCAACUGUUAAGUGCUUUUGUCCAACUCCAUAUACCGACAGCGUUUGUGGAACAAAUUCCAACAAUCCAUGCGAAAGUGCUCCUUGUCAAAAUGAAGGCGUUUGUACCAAUAGUGGAACUACUUUUGUAUGUACAUGUAAGACUGGUUUCACAGGAGCAAGAUGUCAAACAGGAAAUAUUCCUUGUUCAUCUAAUCCUUGUUUAAAUAAUGGUGUUUGCCAAAAUUCUGGAACUACUGCAUAUCAAUGUUUCUGUGCCAAUGGCUUUUCUGGAACUAGAUGUGAAGUAGACAAUAACAAUCCAUGUGCCAGUAAUCCUUGUCAAAAUGAAGGAGUUUGUUCCAACAGUGGAACUACUUACGUUUGCACCUGUAAAACUGGUUUCACUGGAACAAGAUGUGAAACAGCAAAUACUCCUUGUUCAUCAAAUCCUUGUCUAAAUAAUGGUGUUUGUCAAAAUUCUGGAACUACUGCAUAUCAAUGUUUCUGUGCCAAUGGCUUUUCUGGAAGUAGAUGUGAAAUAGAUAAUAACAAUCCAUGUGCCAGUAACCCUUGUCAAAAUGAAGGCGUUUGUUCCAAUAGUGGAACCACUUUCGUUUGCACCUGUAAAACGGGUUACAGUGGAACAAGAUGUGAAACUGUAAGCACUCCUUGUUCAUCUAAUCCAUGCUUGAAUGGCGGAGUUUGUAUUGCUUCAGGCACUGUAUCAUAUCAGUGCUUCUGUCCUAAUGGCUUUUCCGGAAGUAGAUGUGAAAUAGACAAUAACAAUCCAUGUGCCAGUAAUCCUUGUCAAAAUGAAGGAGUUUGUUCCAAUAGUGGAACAACUUACGUUUGCACCUGUAAAACUGGUUUCACUGGAACAAGAUGUGAAAUAGCAAAUACCCCUUGUUCAUCUAAUCCUUGUUUAAAUAAUGGUGUUUGUCAAAAUUCUGGAACCACUGCAUAUCAAUGUUUCUGUGCCAAUGGCUUUUCUGGAAAUAGAUGUGAAAUAGAUAAUAACAAUCCAUGUGCCAGUAACCCUUGUCAAAAUGAAGGCGUUUGUUCCAACAGUGGAACCACUUUCGUUUGCACCUGUAAAACGGGUUACAGUGGAACAAGAUGUGAAACUGUAAGCACUCCUUGUUCAUCAAAUCCUUGUUUAAAUAAUGGCGUGUGUCAACUUUCCGGAACUACUGCAUAUCAAUGUUUCUGUGCCAAUGGCUUUUCUGGAAGUAGAUGUGAAAUAGACAACAACAAUCCAUGUGCCAGUAAUCCUUGUCAAAAUGAAGGCGUUUGUGCCAAUAGUGGAACAACUUACGUUUGCACCUGUAAAACUGGUUUCACUGGAACAAGAUGUGAAACUGUAAGCACUCCUUGUUCAUCUAAUCCAUGCUUGAAUGGCGGAGUUUGUAUUGCUUCAGGCACUGUAUCAUAUCAGUGCUUCUGUCCUAAUGGCUUUUCCGGAAGUAGAUGUGAAGUAGACGAUAACAAUCCAUGUGCCAGUAAUCCUUGUCAAAAUGAAGGCGUUUGUGCCAACAGUGGAACCACUUUCGUUUGCACCUGUAAAACAGGUUACAGUGGAACUAGAUGUGAAACUGUAAGCACUCCUUGCUCAUCUAAUCCUUGUUUAAAUAAUGGCGUGUGUCAACUUUCCGGAACUACUGCAUAUCAAUGUUUCUGUGCCAAUGGCUUUUCUGGAAGUAGAUGUGAAAUAGACAACAACAAUCCAUGUGCCAGUAAUCCUUGUCAAAAUGAAGGCGUUUGUUCCAACAGUGGAACCACUUUCGUUUGCAUCUGUAAAACGGGUUACAGUGGAACAAGAUGUGAAACUGUAAGCACUCCUUGUUCAUCUAAUCCUUGUUUAAAUAAUGGCGUGUGUCAACUUUCCGGAACUACUGCAUAUCAAUGUUUCUGUGCCAAUGGCUUUUCUGGAAGUAGAUGUGAAAUAGACAACAACAAUCCAUGUGCCAGUAAUCCUUGUCAAAAUGAAGGCGUUUGUUCUAACAGUGGCACAGCCUUCGUUUGCACCUGCAAAACUGGUUAUAGUGGAACUAAAUGCGAAAAGGAAAGUACUCUCUGCUCGUCAAAUCCUUGUAAGAACAACGGUGUUUGUAUAGAAUCCACAAGCACUUUCACGUGUUUCUGUCCAUCUGGUUUUAGUGGCACAUUUUGUGAAAUCAGUGCUACUUCUUGUGUUAGUAACCCUUGUCUCAAUGGUGGCGCCUGUAUUGAUUCUGUAAAUGGAUAUAGUUGUCAAUGCGUUGGAAGAUUCAAGGGAACACGUUGUGAUGUUGAUCAAGGUCCUUGCUUUAGUAAUCCCUGUUUGAAUGAUGGCGUUUGUCAAAAUGUUGAUUUUGGUGAAUCCUAUAAAUGUUUAUGCAAAACAGACUUUUCUGGUACAAACUGCGAAAUAGUUCCUGCAUGUAAUAGUAACCCUUGUAAAAAUGGAGCAGUUUGUAAAAAUUCUGCUGGUGGCUUUCUUUGUUACUGUCAGACACCCUACUACGGAAUACUCUGUGAUAAAGAACCUAUUCCUGACCCCUGUAACAGUAAUCCUUGUUUAAAUGGUGGAGUUUGCUCAAAUGAAGGAGCAAAUUAUAAUUGCGCUUGUAAGUCUGGCUAUGCGGGAAUUCAGUGUCAACUGACGGUUGGAACUUGCAGUAAAGUUGACUUGUCAUUUGUCCUGGAUUCAUCUGGUUCAAUUAAAUCUGAAAAUUGGCCUAAGAUACUGACAUUCGUUAAUUCUAUAGUUGAUGAAUUAGAUGUAAGUCCAUCAGCAGCAAAGGUUUCCUUGAUUGUUUACAGCUCUGCAGCUCGAGUUGAGUUUAAUCUUGAUAAAUAUGAUACGAAAGCAAAAAUAAAAACUGCCAUAUCUGCCGUUGGUUGGGCAACAGGAUCAACUUAUACAGAUCUUGGUCUAAAACUAUUAGGAACUCAUAUAUACACUCCUACAAGUGGUGAUAGGAAUGAUGCCCGAAAUAUUGCAAUUGUUAUAACUGAUGGUCAGUCAACUGACGAACAGGCAACAAAAACAGAAGCAGCUACAGUUAGAGCUAAAAAUGUUGAAUUAUAUUCUAUUGGUAUUGCUGGAUUUGACGUGGAUGAAUUAAUAUCCAUCUCUGGUGUAGGGAACCGCGUCUUUACGGUUGGGACUUUUGAUGAAUUACCUAACUUAAAGGAAAAGGUACUUGGCGUAGCUUGUGGUACAGCAGCUCCAAACAAUCCUUGCUCGUCUGAUCCUUGUCAAAAUAGCGCAGUCUGUAUUCAAACUGCUAACGGUUACAGCUGUAAUUGCCAAACAGGAUAUUCCGGUCAAAAUUGCGAAAUUGACGAUGGCGCCUGUUCGUCUAAUCCUUGUCAAAAUGGCGGUGUUUGUCAGAAAAGUGGAUCAACUUAUCAAUGUUUCUGUGUCGAACCAUGGGAUGGUCAACAUUGCGAAAACAGUAAAUACAAAUAUAAAAAUGAUCAAAUUCCUUGCAGCAGUAAUCCCUGUAAAAACGAUGGAAAUUGUAAAGAAAUUACAAAUGGCUACGAAUGUACUUGCAAAACAGGAUUUACAGGACCAACUUGUGAAACUGUUGUCACUCCUUGUGAUCCUAACCCUUGCCAGAAUCAAGGAGCUUGCCAGAUAAAUGGGAAUUCGUUCAAUUGCCUCUGUCCAAAUCCUUGGACAGGAACUACUUGCACUAUUAACGUAAAUCCAUGCAGUAGUACUCCAUGUCAAAACGGAGGAGUAUGCACAAACACAGCAACAGGUUAUUCAUGCGCUUGUACAACCGGAUUUACUGGACCAAAUUGUGCAACUGCUGUAACACCAUGCUCUCCAAAUCCGUGCCAAAAUGGAGGAGUGUGUCAAGCAAACGGAAAUGCCUUCACUUGCUUUUGCGCUUCACCAUGGACUGGAACAACUUGCACAACAAAUCAAAAUCCUUGUAGUAGUAAUCCAUGUCAAAAUGGUGGAGCAUGUACCAACAGUGCAACAGGCUAUACUUGUGCCUGUACAACAGGAUUUACUGGAACUAAUUGCGAUACUGCAGUAACACCAUGCUCUUCAAAUCCAUGUCAGAAUGGCGGAAUUUGUCAAGUAAAUGGAAACUCUUUUACUUGUUUAUGUUCAUCACCAUGGACUGGAACAACUUGCACAACAAAUCAAAAUCCUUGUAGUAGUAAUCCAUGCCAAAAUGGUGGAGCAUGUACCAACAGUGCAACAGGCUAUACUUGUGCCUGUACAACCGGUUUUACUGGAAUUAAUUGCGAUACUGCAGUAACACCAUGCUCUCCAAAUCCGUGCCAAAAUGGAGGAGUGUGUCAAGCAAACGGAAAUGCUUUCACUUGCUUUUGCGCUUCACCAUGGACUGGAACAACUUGCACAACAAAUCAAAAUCCUUGUAGUAGUAAUCCAUGUCAAAACGGAGGAGUUUGUAGUAACACCGCAACAGGUUAUACUUGUGCCUGUACAACAGGAUUUACUGGAACUAAUUGCGAUACUGCAGUAACACCAUGCUCUCCAAAUCCGUGCCAAAAUGGAGGAGUGUGUCAAGCAAACGGAAAUGCUUUCACUUGCUUUUGCGCUUCACCAUGGACUGGAACAACUUGCACAACAAAUCAAAAUCCUUGUAGUAGUAAUCCAUGUCAAAACGGAGGAGUUUGUAGUAACACCGCAACAGGUUAUACUUGUGCCUGUACAACAGGAUUUACUGGAACUAAUUGCGAUACUGCAGUAACACCAUGCUCUUCAAAUCCAUGUCAGAAUGGCGGAAUUUGUCAAGUAAAUGGAAACUCUUUUACUUGUUUAUGUUCAUCACCAUGGACUGGAACAACUUGCACAACAAAUCAAAAUCCUUGUAGUAGUAAUCCAUGCCAAAAUGGUGGAGCAUGUACCAACAGUGCAACAGGCUAUACUUGUGCCUGUACAACCGGUUUUACUGGAAUUAAUUGCGAUACUGCAGUAACACCAUGCUCUCCAAAUCCGUGCCAAAAUGGAGGAGUGUGUCAAGCAAACGGAAAUGCUUUCACUUGCUUUUGCGCUUCACCAUGGACUGGAACAACUUGCACAACAAAUCAAAAUCCUUGUAGUAGUAAUCCAUGUCAAAACGGAGGAGUUUGUAGUAACACCGCAACAGGUUAUACUUGUGCCUGUACAACAGGAUUUACUGGAACUAAUUGCGAUACUGCAGCAACACCAUGCUCUUCAAAUCCUUGCCAAAAUGGAGGCGUAUGCCAAGCUAACGGAAACGCCUACAUAUGUUUUUGCGCUUCACCAUGGUCUGGAACAAAUUGUGGAACAAAUACAAAUCCAUGUAGCAGUAAUCCAUGUCAAAACGGAGGAGUUUGUAGCAACACAGCAACAGGUUAUACUUGUGCCUGUACAACAGGAUUUACUGGAACUAAUUGCGAUACUGCAGUAACACCAUGCUCUUCAAAUCCAUGUCAGAAUGGCGGAAUAUGUCAAGUAAAUGGAAACUCUUUCACUUGCUUGUGUUCAUCACCUUGGACUGGAACAACUUGCACAACAAAUACAAAUGCCUGUAGUAGUAACCCAUGUCAAAACGGAGGAGUAUGUUCCAACACAGCAACAGGUUAUUCCUGUGCAUGUACAGGGGGUUUUACUGGAACGAAUUGUGAUACAGCUGCAACGCCAUGCUCUUCAAAUCCUUGCCAAAAUGGAGGCGUAUGUCAAGCUAACGGAAAUGCUUUCACAUGUUUUUGCGCUUCACCAUGGACUGGAACAACCUGCACAACAAACACAAAUCCAUGUAGCAGUAAUCCAUGUCAAAACGGAGGAGUAUGUAGCAACACCGCAACAGGUUAUACCUGCGCCUGUACAACUGGAUUUACUGGUACUAAUUGUGAUACUGCUGUAUCACCAUGUACUCCAAAUCCAUGUCAGAAUGGCGGAAUUUGUCAAGUAAAUGGAAACUCUUUUACUUGUUUAUGUUCAUCACCUUGGACUGGAACAACUUGCACAACAAAUACCAAUGCCUGUAGUAGUAACCCAUGUCAAAACGGUGGAGCAUGUACCAACACUGCAGCGGGUUAUACUUGUGCCUGUACAACAGGAUUUACAGGAACUAAUUGCGAUACCGCAGUUACACCAUGCUCUCCAAAUCCGUGUCAAAAUGGAGGAGUGUGUCAAGCAAACGGAAAUGCUUUCAUUUGCUUUUGCGCUUCACCCUGGACCGGAACAACAUGCACAACAAAUACCAACCCAUGUAGUAGUAACCCAUGUCAAAACGGAGGAGUUUGUAGUAACACAGCAACCGGGUUUUCUUGUGCUUGUACGGCGGGUUUCACAGGAACUACUUGCGGGACCGCCACUACUGGUCCUUGUAACCCUAAUCCAUGUCAAAAUGGUGGAGCUUGUGCUAUUAAUAAUAGUGCAUUUGUGUGUACCUGCGUCAUCCCUUGGUCUGGAAAUACUUGUACUAACAAUAAUCCCUGCUUAAGCAAUCCAUGUCAAAAUGGAGGUGUAUGCUCUCAAAAUGGAAAUGCUUUUUCAUGUGCAUGUGCAUCUGGAUUCACUGGAACAACUUGCGGUACGCCUACUUCAAUUUGCGAUAGCAAUCCUUGCCAGAAUGGCGGAGUGUGCCAUUUCCAAGCUUCCAGUCCGUUUUAUACGUGUGCCUGUCCGUCUACUUUUGUGGGAACAUCCUGUCAGACGGCUGCUACAUCUUCCUGCGUUCAAUGUUCAACUACUGAUCCAAAUUGGACUGACCUAUGCGGACCAGGGGCUGUAGAUGUUGAUGUUGUUCAAGAACUUAAUGGAGUCGUAACUUGUCAGCAAGGAUGUUUUGUACAGAUUGAAAAUAACAUUGUAAGUAGAGGAUGUGUGGAAGACUUUACUGGAUUAAAACCAAAAACCGUACCAGAAAAUGGUAUAGUCUGCUUACCCGAACCUACAAACAAGGACACGUGUUUCUGUCAUGGAACAAAUUGUAAUUACAAGCAGGCUACUGAUUUCAGACCAUCAAAACUCUCAACAGGAAUAUCGUCUUGCAAUUGUCAAACCUGUCCAUCUGGAGCAUCUAAUCCAUUCUUAUGUAACUUUGAUGGAGAUUAUGCUUUAUGCAAUUGCGAUCAAUGUCAAUGUACUAAAAUUUAA